AAAACCACCUACCGCGCCCUCCUCCGCGAACUCCCACGCCGCAGCCUGGCCACCCCGACCCCGCUGCACGCGAGCGUCCGGAAGAUGUACGAAGAACAGACUGCUGCCGCCUCGAAGAUUGGGAAGACCGGGGGCAGCAGCGACGCCGACGCCGCGCAGCAGGACACGCUCGCCCACCGGCGCCAGGAAGCGGAGCAGUUCGCGCAGUACGCCCGCGCACAGCGGCAGUACGCCGCGCUGGUCGAGCGGUAUAACCCCGGUAGCUGGUUGGAUGAGGAGGAGCGGAUUCGGUUGACGGCGAGGCGGGUGGGGUUGGAUUUGCCGGUUGAGGGGCAGGGACAGAAGGAAUAG